UGCCUAUUCAUUCAUUCGUCGUCUCUCCCCAGCUGACCGCCGUGCCUCCUCCAUCGGCAGCGACCCGGCCGAGAGCACGGCGUGUACCGUCUCCCCCCGUCGCGCGCGUGUGGUCGGAGGCCGUCGGCUGCCCCCGCCGGCCAGCGAGGGAAGACGAGGACGAACGAGCGAACGGCCAAAUGAUCAGCCACAUACCGUUCUUCCGGAGAAUUCAUCGCUGGAUCCUCCCUAGCUGCGGCGACGUCCACCAGCCGCGCCCGUCGUCCCGCCGUCGAGGUACGCACCUGGCCUCAAGGAGUCGGCGCCCUCGAUUCCGCCGCUUUGCAUGCAUGCAUGCUCAAGAUAUACAUAUGAAUAUGACCUGCGGUCGGUCCCGAGACUCCCGACGAUCGCGCCGCGCGUGCACGCAGAUGAGGCCCCGAGGCCGGCGGCGGCCCCUUCGAAGCUGAGGAAGGUGGGGUCGGAGGGGAAGCUGGUCCUGGCCGUGCCCAAGGACGUGGAGGAGUUCCGGACCAUGUCGGCGCCGUACGGCCACCUCAGUCUCUUCUCGUACGACGAGCUCAGGAAGGCCACCGGCGACUUUAACCCGGGGCAGAUCGUCGGCGAAGGAGGCUUCGGCGUCGUCUACAGAGGGCUCAUCGACGGCGCCGUGCGCAAGGGGUACCCGCCGACCACGGAGGUCGCCGUCAAGGUGCUCAACCCGGAGGGGAUCCAGGGUGACAAGGAGUGGCUGACGGAGGUGAGCUACCUCGGGCAGUACAGGCACCCGAACCUGGUGGAGCUCAUCGGCUACUGCUGCGAGGACAACCACCGGCUGCUGGUGUACGAGUUCAUGGCCAAGGGCAGCCUGGAGCACCAUCUGUUCCGCCGCGCCUGCAGCCUGACGUGGACGACGCGGGUAGCCGUCGCGCUCCACGUCGCCAGGGGCCUCGCCUUCCUCCACGGCUCCGACCGCCCCAUCAUCUACCGGGACUUCAAGACCUCCAACAUCUUGCUAGACGCGGAAUUCAACGCGAAGCUAUCGGACUUCGGGCUGGCCAAGGAGGGGCCGAUGGGCGACGAGACGCACGUAUCCACCAGGGUCAUGGGCACCUACGGCUACGCCGCGCCGGAGUACAUAGCCACCGGGCACCUGACGGUGAUGAGCGACGUGUACGGCUUCGGCGUGGUGCUGCUGGAGAUGCUGGUGGGGCGGCGCGCGCUGGAGCCGAGCCGGGCGGGGGCCCGCGACGGCAGCCUGGUGGACUGGGCGCGGCCCAUCCUGAUCCGGCCCAACAAGCUGGAGCGGAUCCUGGACCGGCGGAUGGGCAAGGUGGACCCGGAGAUGGGGCUAGAGCGCGUGGCCCGCCUCGCCUACGACUGCCUCAGCCACAACCCCAAGGUCCGGCCCUCCAUGGCGAAGGUCGUCGCCACGCUCGAGGCCGUCCUCGCCGCCGGCGACGCCGCCCCGCCGCGGUGAGACCGUAGGUUGUAGGGUCUGCAUACGGCUUGAUUAGGUGCGUACGGGGUAAAUGCAUGGACUAAGAAGGCAUGUUUGGUCAUUUGAUCGAUCGAUAUAUUCAUGGAGUAAAACUACUGAAUAAAUUUGUAAAAGAAUAAAAAAAACACAAUUAAGCAUAUUUUCUCGGA